AUGCGAGACGCCGUCCAGCCAUACCGGCAGAUCCUUGGAUAUGUGUCGCAGGGGCUUCGCUCCUUGUGGUGUUGGGCGACCGCCCUCUCCACGUGGGCUCUCACAGCCUUAGACAUCGUUAGUUGGGCCCUCAUCUCCGCCACUUUUGUAACCAUCCUCGCCGCCAAGCAGGCCGCCUACCCCGCCAUUUCCGACUUUGCCUCCGCCGCCCACCCUACCCUCGCCAUCUCCGCCGCCGGCCUUCAAGCUGUCCUCUGCCUUUGGCGCGCGGCGGCGAGCGAGGGGCCAAAUGCAGCCAGUGCCACAGAUCAUCUGAUGCAAGGCAAUGCGAGGGAGCCGGAGCGGGGACAGCGGCAGCGGCCAGGGCGGCAGAGGCGGCCAGAGAGGCUGGUGGCACGGGGAGCGGCGGGGCCAAAUCGACAGCGGGACGAUGCCGAGAGGGCGGCUGAGGUGGAGCGGAGGCAUGAGUGCCAAGGAUUGAAAGCGGAUCUCGAGGCAGCGGAACGCCGCCUUGUGCGCGAGCUUGGCACGGAGGCGGAGGAGAGUGUGGCCGAGUUGAUAAAACGAGCAAACGACACGCUCGAGAUCGAGCCGCAGGGCACACUUCAGGAGCAGGCGGUGGCGGUCCUGUCCGCGCUCGUGGGAGCGAGCCACCCCUACGAUGCAGGGGAGGCUGCCGGCGGUGAUGAGGACACGGUCGCACCUCUCGCGAGCGUCUCUCUGGCGGACGCCAACUUCGACACCGGCAGACCGGCCGUCCCCGAGUCGACCCUCGGCGGUGAGACCACGUGCUCUGUGUGCUUCACCAACCCGAAAUCGCACGUCGCGGCUCCCUGCGGCCACCAGUGCGCAUGCGGCCCCUGCUCCGCUAGGAUGGAGCGGUGCCCUAUCUGCCGCGAGCCGGUGAUGCUAUGGAUGCAGCUCCGCGUUGCCUGA